AUGGCCGCCGCCGCCACAGCCACUGGCCGCCCAGCAGUCAUCCGCAAGCUGGGACACCUCGACGUCUACCACUCGGCCUGGCACACCCUCCGCCAUCUCAUCGCCGUCGUCAUCGCCUGCCGCUAUGCCGUCCCGAGCUCCCCAGGUCUCUCCGAGCAGCAGCUCAGGACCGUCUUUGAGCAUGCCGUCGCCCGCACCGUCCUAGACCACCCAGUGCUCCGCGUCGGCAUCAUCGAUGACACCUCAAAGAAGCCCAUCUGGGCCCGCAUCCCCUCGGUAGACCUUGCUGCCCACAUGGACUGGCAGACGCUCGAUUGCACCUCUGAGCAAGACUACGAGACCAAGCUGCAGGCGCUCAUCGACCACCACCAUGACACCCAGUUCACAGAGCUUGCCACCAAGCCCGGUUGGCGAAUGACGCUGUUGCGCCGUCGCAUUUCGAGCCCCGGAAAUCUUUCCGCUGUAGACGGCACCGCGGCACCCGCCAGCGGCCUCGAGCCCUUUGUCGAGGUUGUCUUCUCUUGGAACCACGCCAACUUUGACGGCAUGGGUGGCAAAAUCUUCCACGAGACACUCCUCGGCAACCUCAACAAGGUCGCGUCAGCCGCGAAGGAUGACAUCCAGCUUCCUCUAGAGGGCCAUGUGCUCGACUUGGCCGCCUACCCGCUCAACAAGAAGAACUUCACUCCCAAUCUACAUGACGUCACAAAGCUGCCAGUCACGCCCGGCUUCACAGUCAAGACGGCUUGGAAGGAGCUCAAGCCUGCCAAGAAGACUGCUGCUGACCCUGCAGUCUCGACAAAUUCUCAUGGCACGUUGUGGGCGCCCUGCGUGGAGGAGCCGUACAAGACGCACACGCUGCGCUCGCACCCACUUGACGGGCCCGCCCUCAGCAGAGUCCUUGCGCUCUGCCGCAAACAGGCAGGCGGCGGUGUCACGCUCACUGCCUUACUUCAUGCUCUGUGCCUGUCGUCCAUGGCCCCUCUGUUUCCUGCCGGCACAGCAACAACAGGCACUGUGCCACCACCAGAUUAUUUCGAGGCAGGCACCGCUCUGAACUUCCGGCGCUUCCUCAAGCCCAGUCCCCCGGGUUAUCCAGGCUUUGAACCUAGCCGAACCAUGGCCAACUAUGUUACAUCCCUGGACCACAAGUUUGGCCCUGACAUAGUUGCUGAGAUCCGCAAGACCGACGCCUCAGAUGAUCCUUCAGGUGUCCAGCUUACCGAUGCCACCAAAGCUGUAGUGUGGAGAGCCGCAGCACAAAUCAAGCGUGAUCUGCAAGCCCGGAUGGACCUCGGCGUCAAGAACGACCAGGCUGGCCUGAUGGCUCUGGUGGGCGACUGGCGAGCCCAGCACAGCGCCAGCGCCAAGAAGCCGCGGCAUUUCGCGUGGGCUUUGAGCAACAUUGGCGUGAUUAACGGCGGCGACGGUACCAGCGGCAACAAUUGGACCAUCGACAAGUCGUGGUUCACGGUGGGCGCCAUGGUCACGGGGGGCGUGUUCAUGGUCAGCCCCGUCGCGGUGAAAGGUCAGGGCUUGUUCCUGGCCUGCACAUGGCAAGAUGGCGUCGUGGAGAAGCAGUUUGCCGAGAAGUUCUUUGCCAGGCUGGAUGCGAGGCUGCGGGAACUUGCGGUUGAGUGAGAAAAGAUGCGCCGAUGAGUAAUGCUAUGAGCAUCUCAUCUCAUGUUGCCAAUCUAUAGCAUAUAAUCAGCGAGAUAAUAUUGUAGCAUGCAGCGGAAUAGACCAAAAAAAAAGAAACACUUCACGCGCUC